UUGGAGCCAUAUCGACUUGGGCCAGAGGGCCCAUUGAAAAUCUGUGUGCAUCUGCAUCUCCUUCUCCUUUCUUCUUCUUCUAAAAAGUUGCCAUUGUCUCUUCCCUCCAUUCACGCUACGCCUCGAUCCAUCUCCAAUCCUCCUCCCUCCCCAUUCACAUUUUCACUAUCUCUCACACUCCCAACCUCCGACAUUCCAAAACGCACGCAACCGCGACAAACAUCGACGCCGCCGCAUAGGCUGUCGUUUCCACCGUUUCCCGCCACCCACAUUCCGAUCAAGUUGCCGUUUUGAUGCCUCCCACGCGCGAAACGAAUCGUGGGUUUCGGUUCCCAUUUCCCAACGCCAAAUGCAGCUAUCGAAACGAAUCGCGUGCCCUGGAAUGGUUGUGAAGCUCGGAGGAGUGGAUUCGAAGAGAUUAAGGUUGUUGUUGGCGUGUAUUAUUAAUCAAUUGAAUUGAAUUGAUAAUAAUAUUUAUAGAAAAGAGGAAUUAAUUGGGGAUUUGGAUUGUUGGAUUGGUGAUGAUAUUAUUGAAGGGAGAGCGACGAUGACUGGAGUGUCAUUGGGUGUGCGCACAGGGAGCUAUGGGACGCUGCUGCAGCAGCAAAACGGCACCGUUUCGCUGAAGCCGUUGCUUGUGCGUAGACCUUCAAAGACGCUCCUCUACAACCCCAGAGAGAAAGAGAGGGGUUUCUUUUUCGUUUGCCGGCUACUCGGAAGAGGGAAGGUCGCAAUGCUCCUCAUGCUCGCCCUUGGCCUCUGUGUUUUCGUUUUUGGUUGCUUUACUGUUUACAGAGGUGGAAACAUCACUAGUGAAAUUGAAGAUACGCGAUCUUAUGCCAUUACUAGGUAUGAAUUUUUAAAACCUCGUGGAGUAAUAGAAGAUAAGCCACAGGAUAGUAAUUCUUCUAGGGUGUUCUCAUUGACGAGUAGACAUAGAAGUACAGCUAGGCCUCCUCCUGCUCCUAAUUCACUGUCCUUGUCCAAGUCUAAAAGAAAAAUGGGAUAUUUUCCUACUUGGAGACAUCGUUGUGACCAUUUUGCAUUUCCUCCUCCUCCACCAGCUGAUAGAAGACGACCUGGACCACGCCCAUGCCCUGUGUGUUAUAUUCCAGUGAAGCAAGCUAUAGCUAGUAUGCCAGGUUCCCCAUCAGAAUCUCCUAUACUUCGCACUUUGACAUAUGUGCAUGAUGAAAAUUCAAUUGAAGGUGAACCACAUGGUGGCUCUGAUUUUGGUGGAUACCCUUCUCUGGAAGAAAGGGAUGCUGCUUUUGAUAUAAAAGAGACCAUGAAAGUGCACUGUGGAUUUGUCAAAGGAAGCAGACCUGGUCGCCAGACAGGAUUUGAUUUUGAUGAGGCGGAUCUCUUAGAGUUGGAUCAGUACCAUGAUGUCAUUGUUGCAUCUGCCAUAUUUGGAAACUAUGAUGUGAUACAGCAGCCCAGGAACAUCAGUUUAGAAGCAAAGAAAAACAUUCCUUUCUAUAUGUUUAUUGAUGAAGAAACAGAAAUGUAUAUGAAGAAUGCCAGUAUUUUGAGUAGCAGCAGGAGAGUUGGAUUAUGGAGAAUCAUCAUUGUCCGUAAUAUUCCUUAUGCUGAUUCUCGGCGUAACGGAAAGGUUCCAAAGCUUCUUUUACACAGGAUCUUCCCCAAUGUCCGCUAUUCAAUAUGGAUUGAUGGGAAGCUUGAGCUUGUUGUGGACCCAUAUCAAGUUCUUGAAAGGUUCUUGUGGCGCCAAAAUGCUACUUUUGCAAUUUCAAGACACUAUAGACGCUUUGAUGUAUUUGUUGAGGCCGAGGCUAAUAAAGCUGCAGGGAAAUAUGAAAAUGCUUCCAUUGAUCACCAAAUUCAAUUUUAUAAAUACCACGACGGUUUAACUCAUUAUUCCAGGACUAAGCUUCCUAUAACUAGUGAUGUUCCUGAAGGUUGUGUUAUCAUAAGAGAACACAUUCCAAUUACAAAUCUCUUUACUUGCUUAUGGUUCAAUGAAGUUGAUCGCUUCACUUCCAGGGAUCAGUUAAGCUUUUCCACAGUAAGAGACAAAAUAAUGGCAAAAACUGAUUGGAGUAUUAGCAUGUUUUUGGAUUGUGAAAGACGUAACUUUGUGAUACAGGCUUACCAUAGAGACAUAUUGGAGCAAAUGCCUCCUCCAGCUGCUGUAACCUGGCGUCCUGGUCCACCCACUUAUACUAAUCGGCCUCAGAUGAGGAAUCAUCCUAGGCGUGGGAGAGGAGACAGGAGAUCAGGUUCAAAGCAUCAUCAUAGAGUUGUAGGCACUGUUCAUAUGAACCACAUUUUGAUUUAGUGUCAUCUUCUUGCUAGAGGUUUUUUUGGUUUCUUUAAGUGUAAAUGCAUGCAUUCUUUGUUGCAAAUUAUACUUCAAAGAGCCCCCAACAAUUUUGAAAUUGUUGCUGGAUGAAUUGUAAAUAUUUUUAUAACCGAUAAGAUCCUUACCACCUUUUUUCCAAAAGGGAAAGAAAACAAAAGGGGGUUCUCAGCAGUGCAUUUUGCACACUUGAAUUAUCAAUUUCUCUUCCUACUAGUGUUGCUUUA